AUGGAGCGGACGGAGGUGAAGGUGCGUCGGGCGGUGAAGGAGGACGCGCCGCUGUUGGCAUGGGCGGUGCUGGAGUCGACGAGGGGCCACCAGGCGCGGGGCUUCAUGGACGUGCGGUUCUCCUUCCUUCUGCCGGAGCGCGAGGACGAAGUGCUGCGCGUGCUGCGGCAGAUGGUCGAAGACGACGCCCCUACCUGCGUGCGCUGGGACGGCUUCCUCGUGGCCGAGCUCGACAGCCAGGCCGCCGCAGUGCUGUGCUGCUGCGGACCGCGAGAGAAGCCCUUCGACGAGUACUACGCCCUGGUGGAGCGCGUUGUGGCAAGCCAGGGCUGGCCUGCGGAGUGGGUCGAUUCCCUCCACCAGAAGUACGGUCGCCUCACUCAGGUCUGA